AUGACCGUGGAACCAAAAAAAGUGCUCAUUAGCGGAGCGGGGAUCGUUGGUCUUUUGACUGCUCAAGCUUUGAAAGCCAGAGGAAUUGAUUUCAUUGUCUUCGACAGGGACUGUGAUGUCCAGUUCAGAGAAAGUGCUGGAUGGGCCAUAACUUUGCACUGGGCUCUUGAUAACUUUUUGAGUUUAUUACCUCCUCAUCUUGCUCUGGAAAUCUACGAUGCUCAAGUCCGGAAGGAUUUCCAUCUUCACGAUACUGGAAAUUUCCGUUACAUCGACGCAGCUACGGGAAAAACAGUGGUUGCAAUUCCUCCCUCCAAAAGAUUAAGAGUCAGACGUGAGCAGAUAAGACGCACGUUGCUCAAGGGCAUCGAAGUGCAGUGGAAUUGCAAGCUCACAGACAUUUCAGACACAGAAGAUGGAGUUAAGGUCACUUGUGCAUCGGGCAAGACAUUUGAGGGCGAUAUACUCUUGGGUUGUGAAGGCUCCAAUUCAGCUACAAGAAAAAUCUUGUGUGGAGAAAAGGGAAACCUCAAUUAUUUACCUAUUCGGUUCUGCGGAGCCAAAGUGCAGAUGUCUAAGGAAGAGACCGACGACAUUGCAGAACGAUUUGAUCCUCUUUUGUUUCAAGGAACGGUUCCGACUAACGAAACGUUCUUUUGGUUUUCAAUGCUUGCUACCCCGGAAUACACGAAGCAGGAUGACGUGUAUUAUGCUCAAGUCAACCUCUCGUGGAAAUACGACCAAAGCGAGCCGUUCGCGUCGCCACAAGACAAGGCUAAGGCACUUGUAAGCCAUGCUGAGGGAUUGCAUCCUGAUCUCCAAGCAUUAGUGUUGCGUGCCGCCCAUGUCCCAGCACAGUUGGUGGAGAUUAAGUUGGCAGACUGGCCCAUGGUGGAAUGGGACACCAAGAACAGCAAGAUAUUGCUCAUGGGAGACGCUGCACAUGCAAUGACUAUGUAUAGAGGCGAAGCUGCUAAUCAUGGCAUUACUGAUGUUUUUGAGUUAAUGAAGCAGAUGGACCAAUAUGUCAUUGGAGGCAUUUCUUGGGAAACGGUAGUGGAUCAAUAUUGCCAGGCUGUGAAGAGCAGAGCAGGAGAAGCGGUCCUUCUAUCACGCCAGGCAUGUAUAGAUGCACAUGACAUCACCAAAAUAAGUGCCAAUUCCACUUCGCCGUUGCUUUCGAUGAGAAAGAAGAAAUAA